AUGAACGUUCUUGUAUAUAAUGGGCCAGGGGCAUCUCCAGAUUCUGUGAAGCAUACCCUUGUGACCUUGAGACGUUUACUAGAACCCCUGUACGCUGUAAGUACUGUUAACGCCAGAAUACUGAAGACCGAACCAUGGGCAGGUAAAACUUCGGCAGUGGUUUUUCCAGGUGGAGCUGAUUUGCCAUACACGAAAGAAUGCGCUUCCGUCAUGCCACAAAUCAAGAAGUUUGUGUCAAAGCAAGGCGGUUCAUUUAUCGGAUUCUGUGCUGGAGGGUAUUUCGCAACUGACCGGGUCGAAUUUGCGGUACACGACCCAUUGCUCGAAGUCACUGGUGCUAGAGAUCUGAAAUUUUUCCCUGGUGUUGGUAGAGGGCCAGCAUUCCAUGGUUUUAAGUACAACAGCGAGGCAGGAGCCCGUGCGGCGCAAUUAAGACUUCCCAACGGAGAAGAAUUCAAAACGUAUUACAACGGUGGCUGUGUCUUUGCAGACGCUGAAAAAUACGACAAUGUGGAGGUACUGGCAAGCUACACUGAGCCUUUGGACGUUCCGUUUUCUCAAGACCCUGCAACUCUUGGAGCAGCGGCAGUUUUAUGUCAUUAUGGCAAAGGGAAAGCUCUAUUAACGGGACCUCACCCCGAAUACGUUCCCAAACUUUUGCAAAGAGCUCAUGAUGGCGAUUAUAAUUCAUCCGUGGUGAACGUCUUGAUGGAAUACGAAGACAGCAGAUUAAAGUUCAUGAAAGACGCCCUUACCAAAGUAGGAUUGCAUUGCAACAAUGAGUUUGCAAACGGGACAGCUCCAAGUUUAACACCGCUGCUUGUGGUUUCACCCAACAAACCGGAACUUCUGGCUGCAUUUGAGGACAAUUUGAAGGAAGCAAGUGAUGUUUCGUUGGUAAACGGCGUCACAGUACUUGAAGGAGAAACUGACAUUUUUCGCGUUUACAAAGGAUUCGACAAAUAUGACCUUGCGAGCAGCGAACUUAUAGAUCAAGAACCGGACGAGGUUUCUAAAACUAUUGUGCUUGCGACUACGGCGGAGCCCUGCGCUCCUGCAAACUUGACUCCAAAUUUCGACAUUAAGAAGUAUUUCCAAUAUUUGAGGCCAACCACCGAUGUAGGAUCCUUGUUGAUGUAUGGCGAGAUCAUUACCUCUUCGAGUGCUCUGCUCAAUAAUAACAAAAAGCUACUAAGCCUUUUCCCAGCUACUUCUACCCUUCAUGUCGGAACCAUUCAAGUCUCUGGUCGGGGGCGCGGAGGAAAUGUAUGGAUUAAUCCAAAAGGCGUAUCUGCUUCAACAGCCUGUGUGAAUCUUCCUUUGAAGUCUCCGGUGACUGGUGCACCGGUCUCGGUUGUUUUCGUUCAAUAUCUCGCCAUGCUGGCAUAUUGUAAAGCAAUUUUGGCAUAUGCACCGGGAUACGAGGACAUGCCUGUCAGAAUAAAGUGGCCGAACGAUUUGUAUGCAAUGAAGCCAGAUUACUACAGUUCGAAAAAUCUUCGCUUGACUAGCAAGGGUCUUGAGGGGGGUAAAGUGCCAUUAAGUGAGCUGGAACCGGCAUACGUCAAAAUUUCCGGUCUUUUAGUGAACACCAAUUUUAUCAACAACCAAUACUCUUUGCUACUUGGAUGUGGUCUCAAUGUCUCUCACGAUGGACCAACCACUUCGCUAAACUCGUGGAUCGGAAUUUUGAAUAAAGAGCGAGAACACUUGCAAAUGCCUCUACUACCUGAAGUCGAGGUCGAAAAACUACAGGCCCUUUACAUGAACAAUUUGGAUCAGAUAAUCAAGAAAUUCAUCAAUUAUGGAGCAGAUAGCAUGUUAUCAGAAUAUUACAAGCUUUGGCUACAUACAGACCAAAUCGUAACGCUCACUGACCAUCACAACGUUCGUGCCAAACUAGUUGGGAUAACAAAGGAUUACGGUCUCCUCAUCGCUAAGGAACUAACCCCUGGGACGAAUACCCAGUUCACCGGAAAUCUAUAUCAUUUACAACCAGAUGGAAAUACGUUCGACAUUUUCAAGGGCCUCAUAUCCAAGAAAGUCAUUUAA